CCUCGAUUUACGUUUGAGCACACCAACCAAGAGAUCGAUCCCACGCGAUGAGGCUGACGUCGGACGUGAUUCUGCGCGCGCAGGUGUCCAUCAACCCGCUGCGUGAGCGCGAGCUGAACCUACGAGGUUAUAAGGCGCCUUCGAUCGAAAACUUGGGCGUCACACAGGACGGAUUUGACUGCAUCGACUUCUCGGACAAUGAGAUUAAGAAGCUUGAGAACUUCCCGCGCCUGCGCCGACUACGCAUGCUACUGCUGCACAACAAUCACGUGUCCAAGAUCCAGGAAAACCUGGCGGAGGCUAUCCCCAACAUGGAGUUCCUCAUGCUUACGGGUAACCGCAUCGCUCAACUCUCGGAAGUGGACCACCUCGCCUGCUUUGCCAAGCUUGACACGCUCUCGCUAAGCGGAAACCCCGUGACCAAGCGCAAGUACUACCGUGAAUACGUUAUCUACAAACUGCCACAACUGCACGUCCUCGACUUUAAGCGUAUCCGCCCUCGCGAUCGUGAGGCUGCCAACGCGUUUUUCAACUCGGUUGUCGGACAAAGAGCCAUGAAAGAGGCCCACGGUGAAAGCGUGGCUGAAUCUACACAGGCCAUGAAGAAGGUUUCGAUCGCUCAGCAACAGACAGUUCCUGCAGUCAGCGCAGUACCUCCACCACCGCCACCGCGUGCUCCAGUUUCGCCAAAGAAGGAGGCCCCAAUCAAGGCUAAAUCGCCAAAGAAGGUGGCUCCAGUCAAGACGGAACCACCAAAGAACACUGCUCUGGCAGAGCCGAUGGAGGAAACGCCAGAACCGAAACACGAAGCACCUUCAGCUGACGUGGAAAUGGAGGAUGCAAGCGAGGAUCAGGCGGCAGUAUCAUACACGCCGCCGAAGCCGAUUGAGCAGAUGACUGUGACUAUCUUGCGUGAGGAAUUGAAGAAACUAGGCUUGUCCAUCAAGGGCUUGAAGGCGGAGUUAGUGAAGCGCUUGAAGGAAGCUGCUGGAGAAGCAUAGUCCCUCAGUAUACUUUACCACCGAGAUAGAAAAAUGAGCCGAAGAUGCAGGGUACGGAUGAUGCACGCAUCAAUGCAAAUUACCAACUCGGCCUUGAUCCUUCAGUGAAUAUUUUGAACAACACAGCUCUGCAAAAUGUGCGUAAUGAGUACAGUAUCCGACACGAAUGAUGCACUCUAUCUGCUUUGAAUGAACGUCAACCUGUCGACAUCAUUCCCGUAAAACAAACUCAGCAGCACAGCACUU